AUGAAACAACAACUCCUCUAUGAAUCUAAGUUACAACAUGACAACCGUGUUAAUGAAAAAAAGUUAAACGUUAAGUACCAACAAGUUAUCUCUAAGGCUUUUGAUUACCGGAAACAACGAGAUCAAAUAAAAAAUGAGUUAGAAAAAUAUAAAAAAGAAAAUGAAAAAUUAGAAUUGGAGAAUCAACAAUUUAAAGCAUUGAUACAAGAGUAUGAACAAAAUAACAAACAAACAAAAGACAUAAUUCUAAGAAUGCAACAAGAACAAAGUGAAAAGAAUUCAAUAAUUUCAAGUAAAUUAUUCUCACCACAAACAAAUCAAGUGAAACAAUUAUUUAAACAAAAUACCUUUGAGGGUAAUUCCAAUGCAAUAUUACAAAAGAAAUUGAACACGAAAAUAAAUGACAGUUUGUUUUUUUUUAGUACCAUUCCAAAAAUUCCAAAGUUAAAAAGAUUCAUUUGA